CCAUUGUUCUCUCACCUAAACUGGUUCUGUUUUCUCUCUCUCCACCAUUUCGCGUUUGUAACUCAGUGGAGAAGGAAAUAUCCAAAUCGAUCCGUUUAAAAAAAGGGAUUUCGAAUUUUUUCCGGAGCUAUGUCGAGUGCUGCUGUGGACGCGACGGGUAACCCGAUCCCUACAUCUGCAGUGUUGACUGCGUCGGCGAAGCAUAUAGGUUUAAGAUGUAUGCCUGAGAACGUUGCGUUCCUCAAAUGCAAGAAGAAUGAUCCUAACCCCGAGAAGUGUCUCGACAAGGGUCGUGACGUCACUCGCUGCGUGCUUGGCUUGCUGAAGGAUCUACACCAGAAGUGCCAGAAGGAGAUGGAUGACUAUGUUGGGUGUAUGUAUUACUACACCAACGAGUUUGAUCUGUGUAGGAAAGAGCAAGAAGCCUUCGAGAAAGUGUGUCCCCUGAAGUGAGAAGAAUCACAUGCUAUUGUCAUGUUUUUUUUUUUUAAUUUGUAAUCUCUUAAUAAAGAAAAAUGUUCAUUUUUGAAUGAGCUUUACUCUCUACUUCUUUUUGUUUUUGUCAUCACCAUUUUUUUUUUCCUCUUAAAUGUUUUCAAAGACAAGGAAAUGACUUUCACUGUUUGAAGGUUCUUUAAGCAGCACAGAAUGAAUUUCCGGAUAAAUAAUCUUUUGUUUAUGAGCUUUA